GGGACGUGUAGUUUUCCGCUGGGGCGGGGCCACUACACUGAGCGCGCGCUGCUUGAAAGCCCCGAGCUGCUGCCGCGCGCCACGGCUGAGCAGAGCGGAGCGGCGCGCGUGGGGACCGGCGCGCGGGCCUCCACCCCUUCCCCCCGCCCCAGCGAGUUUAACCAACAUCAUGGGGAUUCAUGGUCUACUCCAGUUUAUCAAGGAGGCUGCUGAGCCUACCCACGUGAAGAAAUACAAAGGGCAGGCGGUAGCUGUGGACACCUACUGUUGGUUGCACAAAGGGGCUUAUGCUUGUGCUGAAAAGCUGGCCCGAGGAGAGCCGACAGAUCUUUAUAUAGCUUUCUGUAUGAAACUUGUUGAUAUGCUCCUCUCAUUUGGAAUUAAACCAAUUUUGGUAUUUGAUGGAUGCACCCUACCUUCUAAGAAGGAAGUGGAAAAGGCCAGACGAGAGAAGCGUCAAGCCAGUCUUCUGAAGGGGAAACAAUUGUUGCAGGAAGGUAGACUGGCAGAAGCUAGGGAAUGUUUUGGGCGCAGUAUAAAUGUUACCCAUGUUAUGGCUCAUGAAGUUAUUAAAGCUGCACGAGCCCGGGGAAUUGAUUGUAUUGUUGCACCAUAUGAAGCUGAUGCUCAGUUGGCUUAUCUUAAUAAGACUGGCAUGGUUCAAGCUAUAAUUACAGAAGACUCUGAUCUUCUAGCUUUUGGAUGUAAAAAGGUGUUUCUGAAAAUUGACAAGUUUGGAAAUGGACUAGAGAUAGAUCGAGCUCGACUAGGAAACUGCAAGCAGCUUGGAAAUGUAUUUACAGAAGAGAAAUUCCGCUACAUGUGUAUUCUUUCCGGUUGUGACUACCUCUCCUCAAUUCAUGGAAUUGGGUUAGCUAAAGCAUGCAAGUUACUAAAAAUAGCAAACAAUCCAGAUAUUAUAAAGGUUAUUAGAAAAAUGGGACAGUACUUGAAGAUGAAUAUAACAGUACCAGAAGAAUACAUACAGGGUUUUACACGAGCCAAUAAUACAUUCCUUUAUCAGUUAGUUUUUGAUCCUGUCAAAAGAAAAUUAGUUCCUCUGAAUGCAUAUGGGGAUGAUAUUGAUCCAGAAACACUAAUUUACGCAGGACGACAUCUUGGUGAUGAUACUGCCUUUCAAAUUGCCAUUGGCAACAUUGAUAUUGAUACAAUGGAACAAAUUGAUAAUUAUAACCCUGACACUGCACAGCCUGUGCAGCAGAGAAGUUGUGGCUGGAAUGACAGACCUGCUAAUCAUGUAAAUAGCAUUUGGAGCAGAGACUACAAGCUUGGCCAUGAUGCAGAUACUGUUCCUCACAAAAUGCAGUUACUAGAGAAACCAACAACCAAAGGCAUGGAGAAGAUAAUUAGUGUUAAAGGACUAAAACUUCCAGUCAAAGAGCUCUUAGCAAAAAGGCCAAGGAGUGACGAAGUCUCAGAUGGAGAUCUGUUGAAUCAAUAUUCAUUUUCAAAAGCAAAAAAAUUAAAGGAGGAGAGUGAUCAUGAUGGUCAAACACAAAAGUAUGUCUCAGCAAUGCAAAACCUUGAUUCUUCAGGGAAUUCUGUCACUCAGGAAAGCUCUAAUGCCUUGCCCAGAGUUAGAAAUAAAUUUGCUUCCUUUCUACAAAGGAAAAACAAAGAAAAGGAUGCUGUAGUUGUUCCAGGAACAAGAAGCAGGUUUUUCUGCAAUGAUGCAAUUAUGUUUGAUAGUACAACAAGGAAGGAUGACGGUGACCUAACUCAAGAUGCUGAGCAGGAUUGCCAGAAACAGGAAGUAAAACAUGUAGCAGAAAAUGUUUCUCAGUUUUCAGAAACUGAAAAUUCAACAAGGACUAUCUUUACACCUCCUGGAGAAACACAGAAAAACUGCUUCAGGUGGUUUAGCAGCCUCAUACGUAAUUCAGGAAAUCCUGGUCCAUCUUGUACUGUAUUUUCACAGCAGUUUCACCAACAGAGAAGCAACUGUGCGGUAUCCCAAGAUCAGAUGAAUGGGAUACAAACAGAGAGUGGGGCAGCAUGUGGUGAAUUGGAGAAAGAAUCCUCCCCCUUAAUAGAACUGGAACGGUCAUCGCAGUCUCAAAGUUCUUGUGAGCUGUCAGAAUGCAAUUUGGAGUCUUCAGAACUACCGCAUAUUUCUAACAACAGUUCAGAUGCAGAAGAAUCUGACUUAAAUUCAAAACUGGUUGGUGAUCAAUGUAUUCAGUCGUCAGCAUUUUCUGCUCUUCAAACUUACAGAAAAAGAACGAUCAUAAAGACAAAGGUUCCUGGUUUACAUAAAUCCAGCUGUGUAGGGUCGCGUAUUGUAACAAAGCUCAAGCCAUUGACACCAGCUAAAGUAAGUGGAUUAAGUAGGAAACUGUCACCUGUGCAAAAGAGAAAUCACUGUGAUGUUGAAAAUAAGCUGGGACUGCAAGCGGCCAUUGGUGAACUCCGGAAAAACUUCCAGUUUAAAAGAGAGUAUGAAAAACUUCCUUCUUGUAAAAAGUCAGAUCCGUUGUCUCCAAUCAAAGAUAAUAUACAGCUCACUCCAGAAACAGAAGAAGAAAUCUUUAAUCAUCUGGAACGUAGUCAAGUUCAGAGAGCUAUAUUCCAAUGAACUGUAUGCUGUGCAUAGUAGGAUGCAUUUUUAAUCAUUGUAAAAAUUUACCUUCUUGAUAUUUCAUCAAUAUAGAAAGAUGCAUUGAAAACCAACUGUAUAUUUUAGUCUGACUAGUCAUUUUUCAUCUCUUUUAUAAAGGUGUGAAUGGAAAGGUACAGUUCUAUACUGGCUGGAAUAAAAUCCUUCAGGUUCCCGCGUUCUCUUAUUCAAAGUCCAUUCUAAACUUCUAUCCAAACUUUCUUCAGCUGCCCUUGUGCUUUUUAAGUAGGUCACACAUGCAGUCCAAGCUUCUACAACCGCUAUGGCUUUGCCUUUGCGCAACAGCAGCCGAACAACUUUGUGUCUUAAUUUUUAAUAAUCAAUAUUUUUUUUUACCUCUUCCUUCUUUCCUUUUGAGCCUAAUCUGGCUCCAAGACAGUAAAACUGCUGUUCAGUGUUCACAACAGCCUUCACUAUACUUCCAGCACUCCAAUAACAGUUUCUUUUACCUAUAUGGUAAGAUCUGCACUCUCAACAGUUAGCUUUUCUCUUUGAUAUAGUCAUGUUAUUGGUGGAAUAACUGGGGACUCCAGAAAGGAAUAUCACAAAUAUUUUGUCCCCAAAUUCUCACAUUAAUAGUGUGUUCCUUGAUUUUUACCUGCUCUUUCCAUGUUUGUAGUGUUAUCCAACAACAGACAGUGAAAAUAGUGGUCCUCAGAGCUAAAUGUUACAAAAGAGCAUUGUCCUCACAAGCCAAGCUUCAGUCUUCAACAGCCAGUCAAUUAAAGGGAAAGAAUCCAGGAGACUAUGGUCCUUGCUUUGGAUGACAGAAUUUCUGCCUUUAAAAUCAGGAUUUAAAUCAAUGUAAAGAUAUGUAUGUAUUUUUCAGUUUAUUUUUAGGAAAGGAUAGUAUCUCUUUCUGCAGCAGAUGAAGGUACAAAAGGAUAUCUUAACCUGCAAAAUGUUUCCUUUCCAUUCCUGAGAUAAAUAUUUUCCUUUCAUUUUUGAGCUUUUAGCUAUGAGAAUAGAGUUUUUUUUACUGCAAUGUACUUUCUUCUUUUUAACAAAAUUUGCACCUAUGAAACUAAGGUGACCAGCUGCAUUAAAUUGCAAAGUAGCUGCUUACAAGAGAAGGAUGUGUUUACAUUUGUGGGAGUAGUCCUCUUAUUUCUAUGUAUGCAUUGAAGGUAUGUGGUAUAGAGAACAGAAGAAAUUAUGCUAUAGGACAGGCUUCCUCUCAUACGCACCACUAGAAAAAUCCCUAUUCCUGAAUAGCAAUGUUUUUUAACAUGGAUCUUCGGUGACAAUUUUUAUCUCUGGUAUGAUGUGACAAAUAAUGGCCACAGAUAAAUGUUGCUACAUUUCCAGUCAUAGUUUUAUCGCCUAGAGUGAAUUUCUAUGCGUUGCUAUAAGUACAUUAACAAUGACAGAGUGAAUUUUUGAAGGGAAAGCAAAAUAAAUUGUUUUCCUCUAUUGCUUAUUUAUCAGUGUGGGAGUUGCCAGGUUACUUUGUACAGUCCAUCCUUGCCUGUUGCCUUCCUCUUCAGUCAAAGAGCCACUAAUUCCUGCUUUAGUGGAUCAUCAGAAGAGACAAACUACUCAUGUCUGUAUUUUCAAGGACAGGUAAUUUUAAGGGAGCAUAGGAUAUCUCACCUGCAAGCAACGCGUAUGAAAGCAGUACUGCCUCUUUUUAUUCUGUUGCAUGCAAAUGCUGCCUUAGCUGUUCUUGCAGCUCAUUUAUUGGCAAUAACAUCACUUGUUUUACUCUAGCUUAUCUGGAGAGUCAGAGGAAAUAAAGUGAAUGUUGUACAUACA